AUGAUCCGGAUGUUGACUAGUGAUGCCUCGCGGACAGACCACGCUGCUGCAGGAAUGGACGCCUUCGAGUUGUUUCGGAAACUCGGAGCUGGAGCUAAAUUUGACCUGAAGAGGUUUGGUCAGGACGCCGCUCGGUUUAAGGUUGCCAGAUCUCACGGUGGGGAAGCGUCCUCAGAUGCUCUCUCUGCGAUCGACUAUUUUGGCACAGGAGCAGCCAAUGGAUCCCAGAGCAGCUCCGCAGGACUGGAGGAGGAUGGAGAGGAGGAGGUGGAGGUGGAGAGUGAAAGUGGAGAUUGUGGUGCAGGAGGCAAAAGGAAGCAAAGGGAUAAAGAGACAGACGUGAGGAUAAAAAAGAAAAAGACGAAAAACAAUCAGGUGGAAGCUGAUGGCGUAGUGCUAAAAGACACCGAGGGAACCGGCAUCACCUGGACAUCCUCACUGGACAGAAAGAUCCAAAACCUGCCGAGUGAAGGGAAGGAGAAAUCCUCGCUGAAGAGGCUGAAGCAUCUUCAUCAGGAAAAGGUGAAUCGUAUUCGCUCUCAACACCGUAUAAAUGUGCACGGCUGCGACGUACCAGAUCCUGUGUGCACGUUUGAAGAGCUGCAGUCUGAAUAUCGCCUCAAUCCAUGUGUCCUUCAGACCCUCAGAGAGGCAGGGCUGAACUCUCCAACGCCCGUACAGAUGCAGGCGAUACCGCUGAUGAUGCAUGGUCGGGAGCUGCUGGCCUGCGCUCCCACGGGAUCAGGAAAGACUUUGGCCUUCUGCCUCCCGCUGCUCGCCCACCUGCAGCAGCCGGCCAACCAGGGCUUCAGAGCGGUGGUCAUAUCUCCGACCAGAGAACUGGCCAACCAGACCUACAGAGAGCUGCUCCGCCUGUCAGAGGGAGUGGGAUUUAGAGUUCACAUCUUAGACAAAGCCUCUGUGGCAGCUAAGAAAUACGGACCACAGUCAAACAAAAAAUACGAUAUACUCGUCAGUACGCCAAACAGACUCAUCUUCCUUCUCAAGCAGGAUCCUCCAGGACUCGACCUCAGCAGAGUGGAGUGGCUGGUCGUCGAUGAGUCUGAUAAGCUGUUUGAAGGCGGUAAGACGGGUUUCAGGGAGCAGCUCGCUGCCAUUUUUCUGGCCUGUUCUAGUUCUAAGGUGCGCAGGGCUUUCUUCAGCGCCACCUGCACGCCAGAUGUAGAGCAGUGGUGCCGCCUGAAUCUUGACAACCUGGUGUCUGUCAACAUUGGACACAGAAAUACAGCAGUUGAGACGGUGGAACAGGAGCUGCUGUUCGUUGGGACGGAGAACGGCAAACUGGUGGCCAUGAGGGACAUCAUCAAAAAAGGUUUCUUGCCUCCCAUGCUGGUGUUUGUGCAGUCUAUUGACAGAGCACGAGAGCUUUUCCACGAGUUGGUGUACGAAGGCAUCAAUGUGGACGUGAUCCACGCAGACCGCACACAGCAGCAGAGGGACAAUGUGAACAGUUUCAGGUCCGGUAAAAUUUGGGUGUUGAUCUGCACGGCUCUGCUCGCCAGAGGAAUCGACUUCAAAGGGGUCAACCUUGUGCUGAACUACGACUUCCCCACCAGCUCUGUGGAGUACAUCCACCGAAUCGGUCGAACUGGUAGAGCUGGACAUCAGGGGAAGGCCAUCACUUUCUUCACAGAAAAUGACAAGCCGCUGCUGCGCAGCAUUGCUAAUGUCAUAAAACAAGCUGGCUGCCCCGUCCCUGACUACAUGAUUGGCUUCAAGAAGAUACACAGCAAAGUGAAGCGGAGACUCGAGAAGAAACCUCCCAGGAGAAGCACAAUUUGCACAACUCCUCGCUUCUUAAUGAAGAAAAAAGGCAAAACACCAAAUAAAGGACAGAACGCAGAGAAGCAGGGAGCGGGUGGAGAGCAGAGAGGAGAAGGGGGCUCUCAAACGGCAGUGCAGCAGCAGAAAGAGAAGAAGACAAAAGGACAGGGGCUGAAGAAAAAAAAUAAAACACAGAAAGAAGGGGGACAGGAAAAACACAAGAAGGUAUCUCAGAAGAUGGGAUCAAAUUCUUCUGGAGCCAAGUUAAAAAAGAAAAAGGGGAAGGUAAAUAAGACACAAGAUGAGUAGAGGGGAGUGGUUACAAGCAGACUGAUAUGACGAUGGACAUGGAUUUUCUUUUAAUUUACAUCUUGCUGUCUGAUUUACUGCUACUUUUCACUUUGUGCUUUGUAUUACCAUAGUAUGAAAUAAACAGUUUAUAUAUA